CGGAGGGACAGGGAGAGAUGAAGACGGUAGGAAGGGGGCGAGAGACAGAGAAGGACUCGGAGCGCACCGGAGUGGUCCGCUGGGAGGCUGGGGACAUGGGGGUCAAGGGGGAGACGGAGACAGAGAGGGGUUAUUGGAGAGAGAGAGAGAGAGAGUUAAGAGACUGAGCGCGAUGGAGAAAGGGAAACUUGAGAAAGGCGGAAGGAGAUGGAGAGAAGAGGGAGAUGGGGGUGCCCGUGAACACCGGGAGAGAAUCUGGCAUGGAGUUUGAAAAGGGAUAGACGUGGAAAGGUGGGAAGAGAUUAGGAGAGGUCUCCUUCUGAGCCCAGAGAGUGGACAAAAAGUGGAGGGACCUUCAGAGAGACCCCUGAGAGGGACAAAGAUAGGAGGAACUGAGACAGAGGCCCUCAGGGAGUCUGAAAGGUACCGCAGGGGAGGCGGAUGGAUGAGAAGUCCUGAGGAUCAGGAGACAAGGACAGCACGGGGCUGCAGCAGAAGAGACACAGCGUUAGCUACAGAGUGCUGGGAGGCAGAAAGGAGGUGCCAGUGUCCUCAGCCUGCGGGGGCUGCGUGGAGGUGGACUCGGAGACCGAGGCCGUGUAUGGGAUGACCUUCAAAAUUCUUUGCAUCUCCUGCAAGCGCCGCAGCGAGACCAACGCUGAGACCUUCACCGAGUGGACCUUCCGCCAGAAGGGCACUGAGGAGUUUGUCAAGAUCCUCCGCUAUGAGAAUGAGGUGUUGCAGCUGGAGGAGGACGAGCGCUUCGAGGGCCGCGUGGUGUGGAAUGGCAGCCGGGGCACCAAAGACCUGCAGGAUCUGUCUAUCUUCAUCACCAACGUCACCUACAACCACUCAGGCGACUACGAGUGCCACGUCUACCGCCUGCUCUUCUUCGAAAACUACGAGCACAACACCAGCGUCGUCAAGAAGAUCCACAUUGAGGUAGUGGACAAAGCCAACAGAGACAUGGCAUCCAUCGUGUCUGAGAUCAUGAUGUAUGUGCUCAUUGUGGUGUUGACCAUAUGGCUCGUGGCAGAGAUGAUUUACUGCUACAAGAAGAUCGCUGCUGCCACGGAGACUGCUGCACAAGAGAACGCCUCAGAAUACCUGGCCAUCACCUCCGAAAGCAAAGAGAACUGCACGGGCGUCCAGGUGGCCGAAUAGCCCUGGCCCUGGGCCCCGCCUCAAGGAAGAGCCAGCCCUAAUGGGGACUCUCCAGGCACUGCCUGCCCCCAGUGUGGGGGUGGCCACUCCUGGGCCCCAGAAAGCCUCAGAGUCCUGCCGACGGAGCCGCUGGGGUGGGAGGGGGCAGGGGGCUUGGCUCGCACCCCCACUUUCGCCUCCUCCAGCUCCUGCCCCUCCGGCUGCGCACCGCCAUGCAUGAUGGGUAAAGCAAUACUGCCGCUGCCCCCACCCUGCUUCUGCUGCCUGUUUGGGGAGGGGGGCGGUGAGGUGGGGGCAGCGGCCCCGCACCCCUCCUCCUUGCUGAUUUGCACACAUUGGCCGCUUCAGACACGCACUUCUGGGGCCAGCCCCUCCCCGCCUCCUCCCUGCCUGGCGGCAGGGGUCGCGAUGAUGGGCUGGAGCAGUUUGGGGCAGGGGGUUCUGGGACCCACUCCGACUCCCCCUCCCCGGCAUCAUUUCCCCUCCCGCUUCCUCCGGCUGGACCUGGGGUCCCCCGUCCCUGUAAUGCACUCCUGCCCCGGCCCAACCUCGCCCACUCUCACCAGCCUUGAACUGUGGCCACCUAGAAAGGGGCCCAUUCAGCCUCGUCUCUCUUUACAGAAGUAGUUUUGUUCAUGAAAUAAAGACUCUUGGACUUGA